CUCACGAACAUUUCCUGCAGCAUCUCAUAAUCCAGACCAAACUCACUCGGAAAGUGGAUACGUUUUUUCAGUUUGCUCUACGAGACCUCACUAAUUCCCAAUUAUUUUCAGCCAAACAGGAAAUCAGUUCCAGAUCCACCUCUAGCCUACCAUGUCUGAACCAGGUUCUGGUUGUGGUGUUCCAGCCCAGAGAAGCUCACAGCGGGGUCCAGAGAUGCUGUCAGUGAACCUGGGAUACUGCAGUCAAACAGUGGAACUCAAUGUGAUUGUCAAAGAGGAGGAGGAGGAGCGAGAAAUCAAUGAGCGGGAGGAGGAAGGGAGAGAGGAGGACAGGGACUCUGUUGACUCAGGAGAGAUCCCCAACCCAGACUCGGUCAACGAGCCCAGUUCCACAGCAUCAAGACUGCCUGGUUGUGGGAGUUACCCCUGUCCUCAAUGUGGGAAGUGUUUCAGUCGAGCAGGAGACCUGAAGACUCAUCAGAGAUCGCACAGUGGAGAGAAGCCUACCUGUACUUUCAAUGUGAUUGUCAAAGAGGAGGACGGUGACUGUACUCUCAAUGUGAUUGUCAAAGAGGAGGAGGAUGAGAAGGAAAAGAGAGGAGUUGAGGAAGAGAAGGAAACUAGUGGUAUAGUUGACCCUGAUACAUCAAGACUUCGUGGUCGUUACCCCUGUCCUCAAUGUGGAAAGAGUUUCAGUUCCUCAGGUAAUCUAAAGAAUCAUCAAAGAGUUCACAAUGGAGAGAAACCGUACCACUGCUCCCAAUGUGGAAAAGGUUUCAGUCGAGCAGGAGACCUGAAGACUCAUCAGAGAUCGCACAGUCGAGAGAAGUCUGCCAGUACUUUCAAUGUGAUUGUCAAAGAGGAGGAGGAUGAAAAGGAAAUCGAUGAGACGGUAAAGAGAGAAGUUAAGGAAGAGCAGGAACCUAGUAGUCUAGUUGACCCAGAUACAUCAAAAUUAUCUGGUCGUGGUCGAUUCCCCUGUCAUCAGUGUGGGAAGAGUUUCCGUUCCUCAGGUAAACUAAAGAAUCAUCAAAGAGUACACACUCGAGAGAAACCAUUUCACUGUGCCACAUGUGGGAAGAGUUUCCGUGAAAAAUUCAACCUCACGAGACAUGAGAAGGUACAUAGUGGGGAGAAGCCAUAUCACUGCACCCAGUGUGGGAAAAGCUUCAAUCGUUCUGGAAGUCUUAAGGAACAUCAAAGAGUACAUACAGGGGAGAAGCCUUACCACUGCUCUCUUUGUCAGAAGAGUUUUAGUCAGCCAGGAAACCUUAAGAAACAUCAGAGAAUACAUACAGGGGAGAAGCCUUACCGUUGCUCUCUGUGUGGAAAUAGUUUUUGUUUUGCUGGAAACCUAAAGAAUCAUCAGAGAUCACACUGUGGAGAGAAGCCUUACCGCUGCUCUCAGUGUGGGGAGGGAUUCCCUCAACUAAAAAGUCUUAAAAGUCAUCAGAAAAUACAUAUUGGAGAGACGUCUCCCUCUACUUUCAAUGUGAUUGUCAAAGAGGAGGAUGGUGACUGUACUUUCAAUGUGAUUGUCAAAGAAGAGGAGGAUGGGAAGAAAAUUAGAGAAGUUGAAGAGGACAACAACAACAGUGGUGUAGUUGACCCAGAUACAUCAAGAUUGCCUGAUCGGGGUCGUUACCCCUGUCCUCAAUGUGGAAAGAUGUUCAGUUCCUCAAGUAAUCUUAAGAAUCAUCAAAGAGUACACACUGGAGAGAAACCUUUCCUCUGCUCCCAAUGUGGGAGGAGUUUCAGUGAGAAAGUAAACCUUAAGAGACACGAAAGAGUACAUAGUGGAGAGAAGCCUUACCACUGCACCACAUGUGGGAAGAGCUUCAAUCAUUCAGGAAGUCUUAGAGAUCAUCAGAGAAUUCAUACAGGGGAGAAACCUUACCACUGCUCACUUUGCGGAAAUAAUUUUCGUUUUGCAGGAGACCUAAAGAAUCAUCAGAGAUCACACAGUGGAGAGAAGCCUUACCAAUGUGCUCGGUGUGGAGGGAUUCACUCAGCUAAGAAGUCUAAGAAGUCAUGAGAGAAUAUCCAUUGGAGGGAAGCCUGCCUGUGCUUUCAAUGUGAUUGUCCAAAAGAGAAAGAAGUUGAAGGAGAGGAGAGUGAUGUGAAAUAAACGUGAAGUGAGGAUACAUAAGCUAACUAUAGGUAUUGAUAUUCACACCUAUCCUUGCAGUGGUGUCAUGGACUGCACCAUUUAGGGCUAUCUUCAUCUUCUUUUACUUCUGAGUGAAUUGGAAGUUCACAAAUGAACUCAACUUGAAUACCACCACCACCUAAUGUGCUAGAGAGUGUAUGAAUCUGACCUUUAUUUUGACAGGGAGUCAAUACUGAGACCGAGGUCUCUUUUCCAGAUGAGGCCUGUAUAGCACCACAAUACACAUUAAUAUACAAUAAACCCAUUAAACUACCAAUUCAUAUACACAUGCAACUACCCAUUCAUAAAAACAAUAUACACAGUGUUAUACACAACAUGACACAAAGUAAAACACAAUCAUAAAAAAACAGACAUUCUUUAGCAACAAUGUCCCAUAACAACUGUCUGAAAUGCCCUUGAGGCACCAAUUCCUCCAAUUUUAAAGUGCAUUGUAGAUUAUUCGACACACGCAAGGCACAAGGAAACCAAAUGCUGAUCUACCGAACUCUGUAGACCCCAAUGGAGUCUCUACUAGAGUAAACCAACCCCAAUGGAGUCUCUACUAGAGUUAACCAACCCCAAUGGAGUCUCUAGAGUUAACCAACCCCAAUGGAGUCUCUACUAGAGUUAACCAACCCCAAUGGAGUCUCUAGAGUUAA